GUCGGUAAUGUCGCGGUAGCGCGACGACGUAUUCCAAAUUCAAAUUCGAAUUUCGAUUUUAAAAAUUUGAAUUGAAGUUCCUUUUGACAUUUUAAAAGAGGUUUAAGUUUGUUUUUUAUGGAAUAAAGAGGUUAAGAACUCUUUGUUGGAAAAGUGACAGUUGAACAAAAUGGCGCGAAGGGAAAUUCUGUUAUUUUUCGUUGUUUGCGCCAUGGCGUCGGUUUUGGACGGCCAGACCUUGGGAGGUCCAAUGCACGACAAGGCGGUGGUCUGCUACGUAGCCUCCUGGGCAGCGUACCGGCCUGGCAACGGGGCGUUCACAAUUGAAAACCUGGAGCCUUCCCUGUGCACCCACUUGGUGUACUCUUUCGCUGGACUGGACAAUGAGAAAGGAACCAUAAAGAGUUUAGAUGCCUGGCAAGACCUGGAAGUAGACUACGGCAAAGCAGGCUACAAGCGGCUGGUAGGCCUGAAGAAGCGCUACCCCCACUUGAAGGUCACCAUCGCCAUCGGAGGCUGGAACGAGGGUUCUGCCAAGUACUCCACCAUGGCUGCUACCAGGGAAUCCAGGCAGAAGUUUAUUGACAGCGUUAUGGUGUUCUUGGACCAGUACAAAUUCGACGGUCUUGACUUGGAUUGGGAGUACCCAGCUCGCAGAGACGGCAGGCCUGAGGACAAGGCCAACUACGUGGCGCUUGUAAAGGAACUGAGCGAAGCCUUCAAGCCUCGAGGGUACAUCCUAACAGCAGCUCUCGGAGCAGGCAAGGACACCAUGGACGCUGCAUACGACCUGCCCAAGCUGAGUAGAUAUCUGAACUUACUGCACAUGAUGUGCUAUGACUACCAUGGGACUUGGGACGGGACAGUUGGAGCUAAUGCUCCUUUGAGGGGCACUGCUGAAGAAGACGUCCUAAGUGUGGAAUACACAAUCAAGUACAUGAUCGAGCACGGAGUGAGCCCUUACAAGUUGGUGCUGGGUCUGCCGAUGUAUGGACGAACCUUCCUGCUGAAGGAUGCCGCGACUCGAACCAUCGAGUUCGGGAAGACGCCUGCGCAAGCCACUGGGUUCAAGGGACCUUUCACGGGGGAGGCUGGUUUCAUGGGAUUUAAUGAGAUCUGUCAAGAGAUAUCCAACACGUCCUCCAAGUGGACGCACCACUGGCACGACCAGUCCUCCACGCCCUACCUCCGGGACGGGGAGAGGAUCAUCACCUACGACAACGCCAGGUCUAUCGCUAUCAAAGUCAAAAUGGCCAACGACUACGGCCUGGGCGGUCUCAUGGUGUGGAGCAUAGACACCGACGACUUCAAAGGCAUCUGCGAGAAAGAGACCGACGCGUACGUCGACUUCGUGGACCGCUACAACCAAAUUAAAGACGAUCCUGUCAUGACUGAGGCCUUGAAGACUCUCAACCUUGCUGAUGCAAGCCGAAUCAGCAAGAGAACUCACUAUUCCGUCUCCAACGGGCAACUGCACCUUCGCUUGCCAGAAUCUCAAUACACCAACUACCCUCUCAUGGAGACCAUAAACGACGCCGCCAUGUUGGCUAUGGAGGAGAAGAGGAUCAUGGACGAAAUGGAGAGAAUCACGAAAGAGAAUGAGAUUGAUGAUGAUAAGACGAAGCCGGGAGCUGGAAGUAGAAUGGCGAGUUCCGUGGCUGUGAUUUUAUGUUGUUUGUUGGCUUGGUUUUAGAUCUAGGUGAGUUUUUUGUUCUGGUAUAGUCUGGUCCGUGAGCACGUAGAAUUUGCGAGCGCGAUAGCAACAUAAUUACGCGCGAGCGAUAAGGAUGGGUAGCUAGGGGUCAUUGGACAAAAUUCUACGUGCUCACGGACCGGGCUUUAGGUCUAUCUAUAUUGUUCUGGCUGAUCUAUGUUGUUCUGGCUGGUUUAUAUUGUUCUGGCUAAUCUAUAUUGUUCUGGCUGGAAUUAUAGAGAUUCUGGCAAACUAAGGUUCUGGCAAAUUUAAAAUUUUGGCAGAAUAAUUCUGGCUGAGUGUUGGUUAUUCUGGCUGUUUCUGUCUGACGCCCGUAUUCACAAAAGAUACUUGCUUAUGUAAAGCAGCAAAUCAAACGCAUAGCGUUGAAUAAAGCUCUGUGAUUGGUUCGUGUGUCACCCUGUGCAUCCACGCGCACUAUGAGACCUCAUAGUAAUGUUUGUGAAUACGGGCGUUAGUGUCGGUUAUUCUGACCAAUUAUGGCAAUGCGCUUUUUUUAUAUUGCAAAAAAUUAUGCCUUUUAUCAAAGAACUGCGUUUGAUUAUUUAGUGUUUAAAAUUAAGUAAAACUCUUUCCAAGAAAACAUUUGAGGUAAAUAAUUCCAUCUAACAUUAACUUGCCUAGAUUCUUUCAUCUUGUAAAUAUACACGUAUUCCGAGAUUAUGUCCAAAGCACCUAAUAUUUUGUGCAUUUAAAACUAAAAGUAAUACAUAGUCAAGUGUUCCUUUUAGAAUAUUUUUCUAAAGUUUUUUUAGUUAAAACUCAUUAUUACGAACUUUAACGUCUACAAUGUUUUUCUAAUCCAAGCAAUAUUUUAGGUAAAAAUUGUAGUAGUUAAGUUAAACGUAUUUUAUUUAAAUAUUAGCACCAAAUAUUUAAUGAAUGAAUAGAAUGUCUUUUUAGCCACAUCCACACAUUUGGCUGUGUUGACUUAUUAAAUGAAUCCAAAAAUUCAAAUAAAAAAAUAUUGUAAUAUCAAAGUUUACACCAAUUGGUUCAAAAAAAGGAAAAUAAGAAACAGCUAUUGUAUAAAAGAAAGUUGCUAAAAGUCCUAAAAGUUUGAAAAAAAAAUGGAUUAAUAAAACGUUUGUUACAUUUUACACAAUGUGUUACAAGGUGAGCCAAAACUAAUCAUCCCAUUUUCUUUGACUGUAAUUUUUUGGCUUUUACCUCACCUUGUAUGUUGGUGUAUUGGCUCUAAAGCUGGGUCCAGACGGAUGUAAUGUGUAAUGUAAAAUUACGUGUAAUGUACCACGAAUGCUACUACGUGUGGCGUGUGGACACUACGAGCAUUACAUGUAAAGGGCUGCCCAUACUAUUUUUAUUACAUUACACGAUACAUUCCAUUACGCGUUACACCCGAUUUUGGCGCAAACUGGCCAAUGUGUGGAUGGGGCUUAAACACUGUACGUAAUUAUAAUUUAAGAUUGAAUAAAUUGAUGAUAAAAUCAUAAAUCAUCAAAUAAUUACUCAUCUCUAAUACUGCCACUUUUAAGACAUUUUAGGUGUAAUGUUAUUUUUAUAUUUCUUAAUUGCUAAGAAAAUAAAAGACUAUUAAUUAUAUCAAUAUCGAUUGUAUCUGUGAUUUAAUUAAAUAUCACAUUAUCCUAAAGGAAUGUUAUUAAUUGGUUUAUAAGACCUCAUUUGAUAUUAUGACGAUUU